AUGCAGCAGCACAUGAACAGCAGCCGGCUCGGCGGUGGUUCGUUCCUUGUAUGCUACUCCGGCGCGAGCUGGGAGACCCCCCCCAUCCCGCAGAUUCCUGUCUGCGUGCCACCCGAAGUCACGUCGCCGCUGACAGGCACCUACCCGACCUCUGCCGUGACGACGGUGCAGAAGGGUACCAACUGCGGCAAGUACGGCGAUCCGCCCGCACGCGUGCUCAACAACCUCGAGUCGCCCGACGGCCUGCAGGACUACCUGCAGAUCUGCCAUGGUGAGAUCUUGACGAUGACGGACAGGGCGGGGCAGGCGCGCGCGGUGUGUUUCUAUGCGAAUCCCAACUCGACAAAGGAUAAGCCGCUGCCGUUGCUGGUGUAUCUGCAUCCAUCGUUGGCCGGGUCGACGGUGACAUUCCCGCUGACGGGCUACGACGAGGUGCGCGACACACAGUCGCUCAACAACGAGGACGCUACGCGGCUGGGCUUCUCCUACAUCCUCCCCGCGGGCAGGAACACGGUGCAUCAGUAUCCGUUCCCGGACAACACAGGUCUGGGCUGGGACAACUGGUACCGCAACGUCGACCGCACCUCGCCGGACGUCAACAUCGAUGUCGACUUUAUCGACAAGAGCAUUGCGUAUGCCAAGAGCCACGUCGCCGUGGAUCCGCGACGAGUGUUUUUUACCGGAUGGUCCAACGGUGCGGCGAUGAGUGAGCUGUACGUGGCCAACACGGACGGCAUCGCUGCAGCCGUCGUAUACUCGGCCCCGGACCCGUAUCGCGAUUCGCUGGAUCCAUGCACCCAGGUACCCCAUCCGCAAUACGCCACGCCCGUCCGCGACGUCCACAACUACUGCGACAUCAUCGGCAUCUGCACCACGGGCAAGUACUACCGCGACGAACUCAAGCAGCGCUACCCCAGUCUGCCCCAGAGUCUGGUCGUCAUCGACACGCUCACCGCCGAGGUCAAGAGCAAGGACGACAGCGCCUCGUGCAACCCGGCGUGCCAGGGCGCGUGCGGCAUCACGUCCGGAACCCUGGCACACACCCGCUGGCCCACAUCUCGCAUCCAGGAUACUUUCUUCGCCUUCAUGCGCGCCAAUCCUCUGCCUGACUCUGGCACCUGGGGCCCCCCUAAGUGA